AUGGCAAAAUUCGAGGGCCUAAAGGGCCUAGCAUCAGCUUUUGACAGCCCAACGUUCGGCCAAGAUGGCUCGUUCAGCUUAGACAAGCCCGUCGGUUCUGCUUCCAUCUCGCCAUGCGGUAGAGACGUAGUUCUGGCCUCGCGCCAAGGUCUACACAUCAUCGACCUCGACUCGCCCUGGUCUCCUCCUCAACACCUCGCCCAUCAUACACCAUGGGAAGUAGCCGAUGUCCAGUGGUCUCCAUUCGCUGCCCGGGAUUACUGGGUUGUCAGUACGUCGAAUCAGAGAGCUCUUGUAUGGAAUUUGGCGUUGGCCAGUGCCCAAUCUUCGGUCGAGCAUGUCUUACACGGACAUUCACGUGCUAUCACAGACAUCAACUUCUCUGCUCACUAUCCUGACAUUCUUGCAACCUGCGCUGUUGAUAGCUUUGUCCACUGCUGGGACCUUCGCCAUCCGUCCAAACCUGCAAUGACAUUCUGCGAUUGGUUUGCCGGCGCAACCCAAGUCAAGUGGAAUCGGCAGAAUCCUCACAUUUUGGCUUCCUCCCAUGACAAAUUUCUUCGCAUCUGGGAUGAUCGAAAAGGUGCCUUUCCACUGCGAUCAAUCGAAGCCCAUGCCACGAAAAUCUACGGAGUAGAUUGGAGCAGGACGGAGACCAGUAAUCUUGUGACCUGCUCGUUAGAUAGGACUAUCAAGUUCUGGAACUAUAUGAAAGACAAAGAUGAGCCAGAUCGUGUUCUACACACACCGUUUCCGGUGUGGAGAGCACGACAUACUCCGUUCGGAUUUGGUCUUCUAGCGAUGCCGCAGCGAGGAGACCAUGAUCUCCAUCUCUAUGACCGCCGCGUUGACGCGGUCAAAGACGAUGAGCAUACAGUGACCGCAGUACACAGGUUCGAUGGUCAUGAUGACCAAGUCAAGGAGUUCCUGUGGAGACCCAGGGGCAAUGUCACAGAGAGCAUUGACGAUCGAGAAUUCCAGCUUGUUUCCUGGGGUACUGAUCGUAUAUUGCGCUUGCAAAAGGUGGGCGAGGAAAUCCUGGGCAAUGUUGGGUAUAAAAAAGGUAUGCAGGUGGGACGAAGAAUAAACAUUACCCGCAAGAAUGCGAUCUACAAGACCUUCCGGGAAGAUCCAUCGAAGACUGAAGGAAACACGUUGGGAGGCGAUGGCCCUUUCAAUGGUGCUGGAGUGCCCGGAAUGGGAUCUGCGCCUACUAUUGGUAUGAGCAGAGCCCCUGUCCCGUUCAUUGGAGGAUAUGGAAAUGGGGAUUCUAUGAGUCCAAUGAUUGGACAAAGGACGGGAGCCUCGAAAGAAAUGGACCCAAUUUCAUGGAUGCGAGGUGUCAAAAUCGGGAAACGUGAGCCCUCACCGUCUGGAAUGCAUCAGAGCGUAUCUACCAUAUUUUCGCCGAGCCUGAAGACAGAUCCAACGUGGGAUGUUAUUGAAUCUUUGGGAGAAGAGAUCACUCACGUGGGAGACAAAUUUACAAAGGUCAAGUUCGAUGAGAUCGAUAUGCAGCGCCGCAGGAUUCAGGUUUCUCUCUCUGGGCCAUGGGGAUCUGAGAGGAGCUCCACAUACCUCAAGGCUCGCAUCGAUUUUCCGACCAACUAUCCGGCUGCCGCGGCGCCCUCCCUCACCCUGGAGCAAACAGCAUCCCUCAGCGGCGAAACAGCUAACCAGAUCUAUAUGGAUGCCAAAUCGAUUGCUUCAAGCUUCAUGGCCCAGCAAAGAAGUUCGUUGGAAGCAAUGCUAUGGUACCUUUUAGGCGAACGGAAUCUUGAAGAGAGCCUGCUUUGGCUGAAAAAGCGCCAAGAGAGCGUGGAUCUUGAGUCCGCCCAAGACUUGGACUUGAGCUCCAGUGACGAGGAGGAUGAAGGCCUCGGUAGGUACGCAGGAGGACAAGAUGAGAGCAUGGAAGCAAGUGACCCGAUGAUUGCUGUCUCGAAUGCUCAAUACAACGUCCCACUACCCAAAGCCUGUGGAGCACUCUGGGCCGAGGAUGGACGCUUGGUCUGCUUCUUCCCGCCAAAAGAGGAAAAAGAAUCCUCGCUACUGGACUUGAGUAUCAAGGCUAGUGACCGAUCCUCUGGGAGUCGCAAGAAUAUCUUUGAGGACUUCGGCCGACUUCACAAUGAUUCGGCUCGGCAAAAGCGAGGAGCCUCAACACUCGAGACUAUUGAGAGCGGCGACUCCGAUCCGGAAUACUCUUCUGCAUUCUCGUCCAGCUCAUCAUCAUCAUCAUCCUCAGACAACAUGGGCUUGCCUCGUCAUCAUUUCAUGCCGAGUAUGGCAUGGCGUGGGGAUAUGUUCGAGGCCCAUCAAGGGCCAGCUGUUGAUGAUUCGCAGAAAUCGAGCGGCGACACUGGAUUUGCCAAGUCCACGGUGACGAUGUCCGGCAACUACGUUGCAAUACACGAUGUUACGCAACUUCUCCCAGUAAAGAAGCAUCUUGCUCAGGCGUAUACCAUCCACGGCGGAUCCAAUUGCUGCGCUCACAAUUCACGAAUCGCCAGAGAAAGCGGAGAUCUAGAUCUGGCCGACGUUUGGUCGUUUGUCGAGCUGAUCAUCCAAGAGAAGGUGCCUCUCGAAUCAAAGGUCAUUCCUGGGAGCGACGCACCCGUCAUGGUAAUCGCACGUCGUGCUGCGUCCCGUCUCAAGCCAAGGGACAGCGCAAUCGAUUUGUCGUUCGAUGCGGCCCAAGAGGACAAACAACCGAGUCUGCGAGGAUCUGUGAAGUGGGGCAACCAUCCGUUGGGAAGCCGGUGGUUUGUAGACUCAUUAUUCCGACAUUUCGAACAGCUGGCGGACGUACAGAUGCUGGCAAUGCUUGCAUGUAUCCUUGAUGAACCGCAAACCCUCAUUCAGAGCGUUGGUAGAAACAGUUUUGGGCUCGGGCCAGAUAGUAAUACACAUGGCCAUCGAAGUUUCGCGAAUGGUUACUACCCAUCUGAACAAGUUGCAAGAAACCAUUUCAGACUUUUCUUGCCAUCGGAACCGUCUAUCCCAGUCGACUCUCAAAAAUUGGUUACCGGGCCACAUUCUGCAAAUUCCUCCAUCGGCCCAUUGAGCGAUCUCUGCACAAGUGGAACGCCUCCAUCCCAUUACAAGCAUUCUCGUACAAGCCCUGAACAUAAAAACUCACAGUCAACAAGUCUGUCUACCUCACCGGAGCUUUAUCGCAAUACCCAUCGCUCAAACUCGAAUCUCAGCGCAUUCGCGUCUUUCUCCCUUCCUUUUUCUUUCGGUUCCGCAGCUUCCUCACCGCCCAACUCGUAUCCCAAGAAGCGUUCAAGUCCAGUCGGAAGCUACCUCGGAAAUCCUGCUUCUACGGUCAUUUGGAAUACGUCUGGCCUUUUGGGUAGAUCAUCCACCAUCACGGAAGACCCCAAAUCCUCCUUCUCGUUGUCCGUUUCAGAUACAGAGGAGAAUGCCGUUCCUAUACCGAAGAAGCCUGUCUUCAAGACCAAGCUGAAGAACCAAGACCAAUUUCACAAUGAUGGCUAUGCGAACGUUCCUUUGCUGGAUCCAAGCAAAAAAUGGCGCUACCGUGCAUACAGAGAGGCAUACGCGCAUCUACUCUACAUCUGGGAUAUGCCCAUCGAUAGAGCCGAGGUACUGAACCAUAACCGUCCCUUGCAACCAGACACAUCGCCACCCUUCACCUUCGCCCCAAAAGCCACAGCCCCAUUCGGCGCCAUAGCAGGCGCAAACCUCCUCAACUCCGGCUACAAUACCGAGAACUCGAAUCCAGUCUUCAGAGACCACUGCCCUUCCUGCUCGACGCUGCUUCUACCCUCUCAAACACCCUCUCGCCGCUGCCAAGCCUGCUCAAAGCUACCACCGGCUCCUCUCUGUCUGCUAUGCAACACCUUCAUCCGAGGUCUUUCCUCUCCGUGCCCUAAUUGCGGCCACGUCCUUCACGCUCCAUGCCGCCAGCUCCUCUUGCAGGCCUCCUUCGAUGAGUGCCCUUCAGGAUGCGGCUGCGUCUGCACAAAUUAUACCACCAUGCCACUCCCACCCUCAGUAGCAGAGCCAGAAUCAGCCCGUGAAGGAGUUCGAUCUAAGGAUGAAAGUCUAGCGGGCAGUCCUGCAGUCACUGUGACAGGUGAUGAAGGCGCUGAUGAGCAAGAGCAACUUGGAUGGAAAGAGGAGGGGUGGGAAGACGUUGCCUAUGAGAGUUUAGCAAGGAAUCUGCGACCGAGAACCCAGAGCAGGGGCAAGUGA